AUGCAAAGUGCAGACAUCGACCGGUUUUCAUAUCUGGAAGAAAUUCCGAUAUUUCGUUAUGUCUUUUUCAGAUUAUCUAGUCCGUCACUAAAACUAUCAUCAUCGUUAUCUUUGAACAUUCAUCAAGCAAUCAUGCAGUUCUUUCAUCAAUUCAAUCAAGGUUCAAUUAUGUCUAAUGAGGAUAAUAGUAAUCAUGUAAUAGUAUCUCGUCAAAUAUCACUGGUGGAUGAUGGUUCAUUACGUAUCCAUGUGGGAAACAUUCCAUUUAGUUGGUCGGAUAAACAUUUACGAGAACAAUUUGAUAUUUUUGGUCCCGUUGAUGAUGUGGAAGUUGUUUCAAAUGCACAAGGAUCGAAAGGUUUUGGAUUUUUGACAUUUCUUCGACGACGUGAUGGUGAACGGGCCAUGCAAGUCAAAAAUGGUACUAUAGCUGACGGACGAAAAAUUACGGUCUCUUUGGCUGUCGCCAAAAAUCAUCCAACAUCAUCGAUUUCAACCACACCACCGCAAACACCUGCUCGAGCCGCUUUUCGAUGUCAGUUAUCCAGUUCUCUUUCGACAAAUCGCCCAUUGCCGUUAUUGACGACAUCUUCGUCUUUGUCACCGGACGCGCCAACAUGGAUGCCAUUGACUCCGCCUUCCUCGAAUACAUGGCGUUUGUCACCUGAACCACAACCCAACGGAUGGGUCAAUACUUCUCCGCCAUUAUCAUCGAGUCCAUUGUCAAUGCUUUUCCCACCACUACUUCCGCCACCACGUAUCGAACGAGUAAGUGACAACGAAAAUACCAAAACAAUCCAAUGGCAGUCAACAGUCACCGAACGAAUUGUCAGUAAUGAGAAGAAAUGUUGUAAACAAUGUCCUCAUUGUGGUCGUUCAUUUUCCUAA